CCCCUUCCUGCACAGUGCAUGCAUCUAUAAAUACAGGAAGCGUCAUCCUCACACUUUGCAACUGAGCUCUUCACCAACAGACAUCAGUUCAACAAGGAACUUAAAGAUCUCGGAAGGGAAGAAAAACAGUCCUGCGGCUGCAGAAACCACCCGACCCUGGUGUUUGGCCAUUGUUGAAUCUUUCUGGUUCCCAGAGACAUGAAGCUGUUUCUCCUCUACCUUUCUGCUGCCCUUGUAGCUACAGCAAACUCCCUGAAUUGUGUCUCUACUGAAAGCCCUCCCGACGGAACUGAUACCUGUUCAAUUCCAGAUUCAGGAGCCAUCUGCAUAACGGUGGGCCAGGAGAAUAAUUUGGGAGGAAUCGCUACCACAGGAAUAUUCAGGGGCUGCCAGCAGGAUUCUCAGCUUUGCGAUGAAGCCAUCUCUGUUACUGUGGCUGGAGGGCUUUUUACGAGGACCAUUUCCAAAUGCUGCACGACAGAAAACUGCAAUAAUACUCCCCUUGAAUUACCACCCAAGAACCUCACCAAGAAUGGAGUGAAUUGUCCCACCAGUUUUGUACUUGGCUCUAAUCGCUUGGAAGAACCUGGGACUCUGAGUUGCACAGGAGAUGAAAAAAGCUGCAUAACUGCGGCUGGGGAGCUAACUGCAGGAGAUUCCACUCUUCCCUUUAUAGCAUCAGGCUGUGCCUCAGCAACCGCCUGCAGUUUGCCUGUGAAGACAUACCUCUUUACUGGAGCCAUGGACUUCCUCCUGAAGCAAAUCAAAUGCAGCCCAGCCCCAGCCACCAACAGUGGCUGAAAGGAGCAAGCGGGAGCAACUUCCUCCGCUUUUUGCAGGGUCACUGUGAUCCUUUGUCAUGCCCUGCUGUGAAUUCUUUGAAUAAACUAGCAUGAAAAAAA